AUGCUAAUAGUAGGGAUAUCCUUACUGGGCACCUUACUUGGCUUCACCUAUGGUAGUUAUGACAGUAGGUGGGUUCCCUAUCCACGAUUCAAUAAACUCUCGUGGGCCUUCGCAGUUGCAAUCAUCAGCCUGAUCUUCACAAUCGCCAGCUUUUUCACCAUGCUUGUGUUCUACCUUAAAGUUAAUGCAAAAAUAAUAAAGGCACGGCUAAUUGAACAGCAGAAUAUGGUGGACAAUGACGAUGAAGUUCAAGACGAUGACGACAGAAACAUUGACGACGAAAUACAGAAAAUAGCUUCGACAUCUGCCUCUCGCAUUUACUCCCAACCGGGUGGUUACCAGAAAAUGAGUGUACCAAGUGGUGAUGCCCGAAUCGGAUUUGAAGUUAUUGAAGACCUUGGUGACAGUGGCAACGAAGACCCAAUUGCCGUUGGCAUUGGUGGUUAUCCCCUCAAAGUCAACCAACUGACUGAAAGUGAACUUGAUGAAUUGGCUAAUUUUCAUCCAACACUAUCUUGUGGUCGAAAUAAACAGACUCCAGUUCCAGAAUUUGUGCCUGGACAUGUGGCCCUUGAUAAAAAAGUUUUGCGGUUUUAUGCAUACUUCAAGGAAUCCGUUACAGAAUCACAGAACGAGCAUUAUAGAGUCCGAAAUGUCAUUAUUUACUACUACUUGGAAGAUGACACUAUGCAUAUUUACGAACCAAUGCAAGCAAAUAGUGGCCUAAGUCAAGGCUGGCUACUUAAGCGCCAAAGAAUUCCAAAGAAUGAUUGUGGUGAAUAUUACUCCUGGAAGGACUUGAACAUUGGUCUUAGCAUAACUAUCUACGGGAGAGUUUACCGUGUGACAAACUGCGAUGAAUUUACGCGGAAUUUCUUCGAAAGUGAGGGUAUUGAAGUGAAUGAACCCGAGUCUAUCCCAACCGACCCCUACCUGGAAUUCCGUGCUAGACGUGAUGAGGUGCGUGGGAAUAUAACAAAGUCUACGUUUGACUCCCGACGUCAGUUUUGUGAGCUCGACAGGCAGGUCCUGCGUUUCUACGCUGUCUGGGAUGACAGAAAAGAACUAUUUGGGGAUCUCAGAAGGUGUUCCAUUCUUUAUUUUUUGAAUGAUGACACAAUGGAAGUGCGAGAACAUCACCUUCGUAAUGACGGUCGCGACCCAUGCUCCUUGCUAAUUCGUAGGCACCGUUUCCCAAAAGAUCGUGACGAUGUCCCUGUAACGUUUCCAUCCGUGUGUUUGGAAAUAUCUUCAUCGGAAAUCAAAGAAUACUACAGUCCUAAAGACCUACGAAUCGGCGAAUCAAUUGUGAUAUAUGGCCGAGCAUUCCUUCUCUAUGACUGCGAUAGUUUUACAAAAGCUUGGUAUUACCAGAACUUUGGUCUUACGGACUUUAAACCAAUUGAUGUUGAGCCAGUUAAACCUGAACCACAAAAAAUGGAAAUUCCAUUUUACAACGGUUUUGGAUCUUUGGAAGACAGCCUUGCUUCCUGCAGGUCUUUCCUGCCUAAAACGCCAAAAGUCGAUUUCGGGAAGCAGGUGGACUACUCCACAAAAGUACUGCGUUAUGGCGCGAAACUAGUCAGCGUUCAUCCGAACGACGAUCUGCGUAAGUUCAUUAUCAGCUAUCGCCUCGCAGAUGACAUGGUUCAAAUCUGGGAGGUCCCCAUCCAGAACACUGGCUUCCCUGGUGGCACCUUCCUCAAGCGAACAAGAAUAGCAAAGCCAGGCAGCACAACAGAGACACCCAAGUACUACGGCCCGAGGGACUUCUCGCUCGGUUCCAUCAUCGACGUGUUCGGCACGCGCUUCGUAAUAACCGAUGCUGAUGAAUACGUUGUCAAGUUUAUGGAGGCAAAUCGUGAUCAGUUCCCAGACAGCCUGAUCGAGAACCUCUCAGCGAAGGUAGCUCUCAACAUCAUCGACAAGAAGGUGCCUGACUCACGGUCCUGCAAGAAAGGUGGUGCCGCAAAUCUAAAAAGAACGCCAGGCGAUGUUGACAAGAUGGUUGAUGAUUUGGCGCUGCAGUUUAGAAAACUGGGUCUUAGCGACGUUAUUCGGAUGGACGAGCUCUUUUUAAAGUACAACAAAGACAGAUUGUGCUAUAUUGACAUUGAGAAUUUGAAGGAUAUUUGUAAGAAGUUGCAGUUGCCAGGCGACGAUGACGUACUUAACAAGGUAAGCCAUUUCUGUGAAUUCUUGGACAAGUAUGGUAACGACGGUCGAAUGACUCUGGAUGAAUUCAGGGCCUUCCUCCAAAGCAAGCCAAAACCAGAA